GCUGCCGCCGUCACCAGGGCAGCCCGGCUUUGGCCAUGAAGAGGAAACAGAAGAGGUUUCUGCAAAUGACGCUGCUUUUCACCGCGGCUUUGAUUUUCCUGCCCGACAUCGGCCUCUGGUCUCUGUACAAGGAGAAGCACCUGGUGAAGCCCGCCGAGCCGCAGACACUGCCAUUGAGGCUUGGAGAUGGACAGCUUUUUACCUGGACUGAUGGCUUGAAAAGGAAGGACUGGCACGAUUACGAAAGCAUUCAAAAGGAUGCUAUGCGGUCAGGGAAAGGUGAACAUGGGAAGCCGUACCCUCUCACAGAGGAAGACCAUGAUGAUUCUGCUUAUAGGGAAAAUGGAUUCAACAUAUUUGUUAGCAACAAUAUAGCACUGGAGCGAUCCCUGCCAGACAUCCGACAUCCUAACUGUAAGCACAAGGUGUACUUGGAAAAGUUACCAAAUACUAGCAUAAUUAUCCCAUUUCAUAAUGAAGGCUGGACUUCACUCUUGCGAACAAUACACAGUAUUAUCAACCGCACUCCAGACAGCCUGAUAGCAGAAAUCAUUCUUGUGGAUGACUUCAGUGACAGAGAACAUUUAAAAGAGAAGCUGGAGGAAUACAUGGUCCGUUUUGCCAAAGUGAGGAUUGUACGUACCAAGAAACGAGAGGGGCUCAUUCGAACCAGACUGCUAGGCGCCUCGCUGGCUAGAGGAGAAGUCUUGACAUUUCUGGAUUCCCAUUGUGAAGUCAACGUGAAUUGGCUGCCUCCCUUGCUUAACCAGAUUGCACUAAACCACAAAACCAUCGUGUGUCCUAUGAUCGAUGUCAUUGACCACAAUCACUUUGGCUACGAGGCACAGGCGGGGGAUGCCAUGCGAGGAGCUUUUGACUGGGAAAUGUACUACAAAAGAAUACCGAUUCCUCCAGAGCUCCAGAGAGCUGAUCCCAGCGACCCCUUUGAGUCUCCUGUAAUGGCUGGGGGUCUUUUUGCUGUUAACCGGAAAUGGUUUUGGGAGCUGGGAGGCUAUGAUCCAGGAUUAGAAAUAUGGGGAGGAGAGCAGUAUGAAAUCUCCUUUAAGGUCUGGAUGUGCGGCGGUGGCAUGUUUGAUGUUCCAUGCUCUCGAGUUGGGCAUAUCUACAGGAAGUACGUCCCAUAUAAAGUCCCUUCUGGAACCAGCCUAGCACGGAACCUGAAGCGCGUGGCAGAAACCUGGAUGGAUGAAUUUGCAGAGUACAUUUACCAGAGACGGCCUGAGUACAGACAUCUCUCAACUGGUGAUAUCUCUGCCCAGAAGGAACUUCGCAAGCACCUUAAAUGUAAAGAUUUCAAGUGGUUCAUGGCUGCAGUGGCUUGGGAUGUCCCUAAAUAUUACCCUCCUGUGGAGCCUCCACCUGCUGCCUGGGGAGAGAUUCGAAACGUGGCAGCCAGCCUCUGUGUGGACAGUAAACAUGGAGCCACAGGGACUGAGCUGAGGCUGGACAUCUGUGUGAAGGAUGGCUCAGAACGGACGUGGUCACACGAACAGCUCUUCACCUUUGGUUGGAGAGAAGACAUCCGCCCCGGGGAGCCACUUCACACCAGAAAGUUCUGCUUCGACGCCAUUUCGCACAGUAGCCCUGUCACGCUGUACGACUGUCACGGGAUGAAGGGAAACCAGCACUGGAGCUAUCGGAAGGACAAAACUUUGUUCCAUCCUGUAAGCAGCAGCUGCAUAGAUUGCAACCCAGCUGAGAAGAAGAUUUUCAUGAACAGAUGUGAUCCUUUAUCUGAAACUCAACAGUGGAUUUUUGAACAUAUUAAUAUGACUGUUUUAGAAAAAUUUAACAGCAAGGCCAGUUCCUAGAAAGAAAAGAAAAAAAAAGGGGGGACACACCCAGUUACGUACAGACUGCAGAUACUACAUUUUUGCCAGCGUCUGAGUUGAAGGAGUCAGGAAUUACAUUUCCUAGAUCCAGGAAAUCUGUUCUGAGGAUUAAGAAAAUGCCACAGCAAGAGCCAGCAGGCUGUCUUUGUGGAUGUACAUUAUCUGAAGAACUUGGCCAAGAGCCUCACCGGAUGCUGCUGAGAACUUAAGGCUGAAAAUUCCCUUGCUGGUCGAGGGAAAAAAAUGUUUAAAAACUGUUUAAAAGUACUCCAAGUUAAUAAAGUAAAACAAAACUCUCGAGUUUCUCAGGUCAGGUCCUGCUGUAGUGAGUAGCUCAGAACAGACGCUGUAAUUUGGGAUGGGUAUAUGGUGUACAUGACAGCUACAGGAACCUGAAGAAAUCCCAGGUUUUAGAACUAAACAUGCUGGUAGAAGAAUAAUGAUGUCCCAGCACUCCCAGACAAGAUUUAUGCUCUGUUGACAUUCUCUAAAUAGAAGGUUGGGUUAAGCAGGUUUAACCCUCAGAACUGCUGCAAUUAAUUUUAUAUACCUCCCUCUUACAUUCCAUUCAUUACUAAAAUAGGAAUGGUAGAAAUAUUAGGGUCUAGAAUUACACUGUAGUGAAGCAUGCAAUAAACUGUAAGGUUUGGCCCUCACAUUUCCCACAUCAGGGAAAAAAAAAAAAGCAAAGCAAUCAAAUUUCUAUACAUUAUAUAUUUAGCAAUUAUGAUUCAAAACCCAUUGUCACACAAGGUGAGAUUAAGUUGCUUCCGUGACAAAUAUAACAGCAGCAGCUGCAAUAUAAUGGAAGGCUUGUGGGCUAGCUGUCUUUUCUAAUGAUAGAAUCCUUACCAAAGGAUAAAUUAAAUAAGCUGAGGGAAAAAAACCCACAUCAGGAGGGUUUUUAUCAGAAAUAAUUGCAUACUGCAUGCUGAACUAGGUUAGUCAAAUGAACAUUGGUACAUUGCUAUCAUCUAAAAGUGUCUUGACUCCCUUCAGUGCAGCUUAGAAGAUCUUGCAGAGAUCUUGCAGUGCUCUAGUUGGAUAGGAGUGGAGAGGAGAAAUUGACAUAGAACUGGUUGGGUGGUUUGCAGGGCUUUUGAAAUCUGUGCUGGAAAUCACAUGAACUUCCCAGAGUUAAGGAGUGAAUUAUAUUGUAGAUCUCAUGAUGGAGGAAAGGAGGAGUGCACACAAGUUCAAUGUUACAAUAUUUGGUACUUCAGGCACAAUUCAAGGUAAGAUAGACUUGUGUCACACUGAUGAUCAUUAUGCCUGUGGUGUCCUUCAGACCCAUCAAGCAGGAGAGGCCUGUAAAGCUUGGCUGGGGACAGGGGUUGUGGUUCUUCUCAACAGAAAUCAGUUAAUACUGAUGCGUGGAAUGUCACUGCUAGGUUUGGGAUUUUUCAAGGUAUAAAUGUAUAUCAAGUGCGUGGCCUGCUUUUAUUUGAAAGGUGAAUUUACAGAUGAAAGCACCAUAAAGGCAGAUAGACCACAUCCUCUAAGAGGUGGCUGUAACAGUGCUUUCAGAUUCCAAAAAUACCAUAUGCAAUUAAGUUGCUUAUCUGAUUGCUGAAGAGAUGGCUGACUAACCAAAAUACUGAUGUGCAACCUCCCCUGUUUUGCAGGAGUACGGUGAAUGGGUUUUGUUUAUUGCUCCUUGAGCUGUGUUUAUGCACAAAGAGCAGUGAUUGCAUCCAGAGGAUGGUUCUAGUACCAAUAACUAUGUGCUGUUUUAUGGCAGCACCUUGUCAUUGUAGAUUAAGACCCAAAAUUGUUGGUCAUAGGAACUUUCCAAGAGGGGAAUGAGAUCCUGUAGCAUUCAGGAUGCAUGCACUUCGAAAAUGGUGAAAUGCAUCCAUACAUUGAGCUAUUGGUGCAAUUUAGUGAUGAGGUCUUUCAAAUAACCUGAAAGAAAUGUGUCUGUAGAGUUAAACUUCUCAUUUUAUGAUUUUAAAGUAAGUGAGCUUCUUUAGGUAUUCUUUAAGUUUAAUUUGAAGAUAUGGUGCACUCAGAAAUGGAAGCAAUAAGGCUACUGUAUGAGAUUUGUUUAGCUACCACUACACAGAACCAGACCAGACACCGCAGACUGUCAGCCUUCCCAGGUGCAGUGCUCACAGCUCAUUUAUUUGCAGCCUGAACAUGAGGGAAGAGUGUUUGGAAAAAGAAGAAAAUGGCUGCCUAAAAUGUAACUGCAGUCCUCAAAAUGUUGACUGGAACUGGCCCCAAACUGUCAAAGUCCUGGAAGCAACACUGUAUGCCCAAAAUAGGGAGGCAAAGGAGAACUACUAGGCCAGCUAAGCAAUUUAUAUUAUGAACAGGAUGGCAGGGGUAUAUCGUUCAGUGUCUGACUGCAUCUCAGUGGUCUGAUUUUGAAAUGCCUAAUGGGAACUAUGCUGCUGUUGGGGUAAAUAGCUUCUAUACCUUUUACAUCAACCUUUGAGUAGUAUUGCACAGCAUCUUGCACUGCCAAAGGAAAUCCUCCCCUUACUCAUAACUGGAUACUAAUUUUAAACUCCAAUGUCAGAAAGUCCAUGUCAGAAAGCAAUCCACAUAACUAAUAUUCAGAUGUUCUGGGGAAAAAAUACAAUCUACAUAAUGUUCUCAGGUAUUACAGGCUUUUGCUAUUUUCUAUAUAAGAAAAAUAUAUUGGAGUUUGUUGUGGGUCAGCAGUGAGCAUCUGUUGAUCAAUCUGGAAAUAUAAAGGUUAAAUGAAGGUCCAUAUCUUAAAAGCUUAAUAAGAACUUGCCACACUGCAGAACAGAAACAUGCACACAUAUGCAUACAUAUAGGUGUGUGCAUAUAUAUACAUAUGUAUGUGUGACCAAUGGAAAGGGGUAGAUGGAAGAGAGGUUUUUCAGUUACUGGGCUGAUCUUUCAAAUAUUGAGUAUAAUUAGAACUGCACAGAAAAAAGUGACAGGACACGUUAGGCUAGUGGUGAGGACAGUAUCUUACUGUUUUCAGCUUAAGGAAAUUUCUCUUUUUUAAAAACUGAGGAAAAAAAAAGUCUAGCAUUCAGCUUCACCACAGCCAGCUGUAAUCCUCCUGCUGUGGGUGUAGGGUGGCCCCUAAGGACAGCGUGCUCGGAGCUGUGCUCCUGUAACCUUUUGAAUGGAGGAUUCGCCAAAUGGUUAUGACUUGCUCCUCACUGUAAUCCUCAAACAGAGGGUUUUAUUAACAAUCGAUUAUCAUCCCUACCUCUCAAAUAAAUUCUGUCUUGGGUGUUCUCCAAAGCUUUCCACUGAUAACAGUUUUUCAGGACUAAUUUAACAUUUGGAAUUUCUUUAAGUCUAUUACAACCAACUCUUCCACCCAACAAACAUCUGAACAACUAGAUAAGAUGGACAGAUAUAUCUUCCUCUCAUAUUUCUCUAGGAGCAUUUAGCUUUAAUAUGGAUUUCUCCAAAAGGCUAUGAAGUGUCUUCAGAUAAUUCCUUUUUUUUAAUACCAGAUAGUUAUGAAUACAUUUGGAAUGUAGUGCACAGGUAGCAUUAACUGAUGCAGGCUUACUAAUCUGCCCCAACUGAUGACUUGCUUCAGUUGUUUUUUUAAUUAAAUAUGUUAUAAAUGAGAGAGCUUUAAUCAACAUGCCUGAAAAGAUGAUCUUUGUCUCUUAAGAGUUCAUCAGCACCUACCCUAAACAUUUUCCGUUUAACGUUAUCAUAUCUUUUUUUUUGUGGCCAGCAAACUACUGCCACAAGAGAGAAUGGGAAAAGCUGGGAUAAACACCAAGUGCAACUAAAAUGCUAAAAUUGUAUGUGUUUCCCUGCAUAUAUAUUCCAAAAUCUAUACUAAACAGAAGCCUUGGGGGAGAGGGCUUAACAAGAGAGGAGGAGCUGGGAAGCAAAGCAUUUCACAUGUGUCUGAGAGCAGCCUUGUUGCAGAGGUGUGACAAGACUUCACUGUUCAUUUGGCAUAGUCUUAUUUCUUAUUUCAGAAAAAUGAGAUUGUUUUAGAACAAAUGUUUUUGCAACAUUACAGAUAUUUUAAUGAUAUAAUGCAUAAUUCCUGGGUGUUAUCAGUCUACAAAUAAAAGGUCCAUAGCUGCUGAACUGAGUCUUCCUCAUGAUAAAGAUAGGCUAAGCUUGAAAGGAAGCUGAGAAGCACUUAAAAUGUUUGAUUACUGGCAAAGUACCAGCAUCAGUGUCUCCAUGGCCUCAGUGAAGUUGGAUGCCACAGAUUAUCAUAAAAGAAACAUACAAAAAUAGCUUCACCAAUUUUAUUUGAUGGGUUGCACCUCUAUAAGAUGUCACCUUUGUGGUGUUGCGGGUUUUUUUGUUGUUUUUUUUUAAUGUAAUCAUAAUCAGAAUUCAUUUGCAUUUUCACUGAUAACUUCUUCAAGGGACUGAGUGGGACCCUUUUAACCUACCCAUAGAGAUUGUGGAUGUAGCAUUUUAGGAAGGCAGAGCCGGGAGACUUUCAGUGUGGCUGCCACCAGGGCUGUAUCCAUUUUCUGUUAAAAGUGUAUCAAUCUUUAAUGCUGUUAGCCCAGCAUUUUUCAAGAGAACACAAGAUGUGCAUUAUUUAUUUUUGGUUUUUAAUCCAUCAGGGUUCUUAGGAAAGCCAUUUCAAAACCCUUGAUAACAAAAAAGCUGAUCAGAAGUAGCUUUUUUAUAGCCAGUAUUAGAUGUAUAAAGUUAAUAAAUUAACUCCCUUCCAAUUCUGGUCCACAUAUCCUUUUAGAAUGAGCAGAAGUGUUCAAGAGUGCUUUUUCAUGACAUUUUGAGUUUGAAAGAAAGUUUUAAACACCUUUAAAAAAUUAUCAGGAAUAAGCCAAAAGGUAACUGAAAAAAUCCACAAGGAAAAAUACCUGGCUAUUAUGUCUACUGUACUCAGAGAUUUAGCUAAACUUGUUCUAAAAAAGUAUCCACUGACUGGAAAAUUUUAGAUGAGUAAGCAAUAUAGUUUAGUAAACCUUCAGUGUAUAGUGCUUUCUAGAUAAAACUUUUACUCUUAAAAAAUCUAAUUUUAGUAAAUCUGUAGUUGCUGACAGGGUGUUUUUUGUUUAACCACAUGUAAUACAUAAACCUGUCUUGAGGUCUCCUGUAAUCUCAUAUUUCCUUGUUAUAAUUCUGAAUGCACUGAACGGAAGAAAAUCUAAAGAGAGGAGAAAAAACCCAAACCUCUACAAACUGGCUAAGAAACCUUUGUAAACACAAACAGUGAGAAAGUUUAGACAGAGGUGAUCAGAAAAAUGCAUCACUUGUCCUGACAGCUUCAGCAGCAUUCAGAAAAUAUAUUUUCUGUGUCUUUCACAGCUUUCUAGUCUUUCAGUGUAUCAUUAAUAUCAGUGGUCCCACUCCCUGAAGUAGAACUUUUGAAAAUUAUGUGCUGUAGUUUGUCACAGUAGAUGGACAGCAUAGUGACAGAGAAGAAAAUUCCUUCUAGGAACAGUUCUGAAGAAAUUGCAGUCAAACAUUGCAGUCUGGUAUGCCUUAAGAGUACUGGCUAUUUUAAGGUUCCCAUUAUAUUAGUAUUUUUGCCUUUUUUUUUACAGGACUUGGUAGUAAGGUAGUUGCUUCAAUGGUCCUUAUGAAAAAAAUGGAGGAAAAAAGGGAAGAAAAAGGACUUGGGAUAAAACAAUAAGAAUUUGUGCUUACUUAAAGGUGCCAUGUUAUUUAUAUGCAAAGAUAAAUCUCCCUCCUUUGUGUGGCCAUUGUGGUAGAUGUUCAGCUCCAGGGAAUAUAUGAAUGAGGAGGAGCCAUGUAAAGCUGGCCAGUAGGAAAGUUCAUACUCAGCAGAAGAUGCAGAAAGUCACAAUGACCCAUUUUUGAGGAGCAAACGAACAGGGCAUUGAGACAAGUUACCAUGGACAGUUAAGUGAUGCAAGGGGAGCUGCAGUGAGGCCGGAUAAAUGGUACUAUCUAAAAAAUAUUAAGAUAUUGGAAAGGAAAGCAUGGUUGUCAUUAACCUUGGGAUACUUGGCAGUACCUCCAGCACUUUUUCAAAGUAUCCGUUGAUUUAAUUAAGUUAAUCCUUCACCUCUUCCAAUUAAAUUAUUCAAGCUGGAAGGAAUCACAGCCCAAGCAAAUUUCUGUUGAUGAGCGUGGAGCACAAAAUACCACUAGGCAGCAGUUUAGCCAAAAACCCCAACUAGCACCAGAACUAAAACAGUAUUAUCAGACUAGAAGAUCUGUAGGCUCCUGGCAUCCUUCUGAGAAAAAAGGUUUCAUUGCCUAAAGGAGUGAUUGAUGGUAAUGAUGCUAGAUUAAGAUCAGGAGUCAUGAGCUUUCAUAAAGGUGAAAGGCGAAAUUAUGAGAUUAGGAGAUAGCAGUUUAAUUGAGAAAGGAAGGAGGAAAUGGGAUAAAAGGGAAGAGGCAGGACUCCAGUUUAUUUCUAGUUAUGAUGGAACCAUGACUUAUGAAGGUCACCAAUGAUAAUUUGGGAUGCCCCUUCAUACCAGGGUUAGUGUGGUUUUUUCCAUAACAAAUACUCAGGAGUUGAGAGGCAAUCAGUUCUACCUCCUCCUGCAAAGGAGUUAAAUUUAGAAUAAAGAGAACUGCAUAAUCUGAAGCGUAUUGAUUGUGAAAUGCAGGAGUGCAACUAGAGCAAAGCUUUGCUAGGCACCAAGCCAGUGUUGAGUUUUCCACCAAAGGUAUGUAUGUGCAUUCCUGAGGAUAUUUUGUGGAUAGUGUGUAGAAGCAGGACAUUAUGGUCACUGGUUUACCUCAGCUUAAUAUUUCACUGUAUCUCUAGCUUUUUUGAAAGAGAAAAAACAUUUAGCUAAAUUUUCCAGGAAAUGUCAACCCAGAUCAGUACAAAGUAGCUCUGCCUUCUUCUUGUGUGGAUCAAGACACCACAUGUUUCUCUUCAAACAUCACAUACAGCUCUUAAAAAAAGAACAGUGUAGGUCUACCUUCAUGACUCCUUGCAGCAUUCACCUCUUUUUAGCCAUUUCAGUUAUUUUCUUCAUUCUUUUUCCUAUAUGGUGUUUCUUCCCUUCUGCUGGCCCCCCAUCUGCAGGGUUCUGCCAGAAUGCUGGUCCUCCUUUCUUCCAUUCAUUCUGGUUUGUACCAAAAGGUGUUUCUGCUGUUGCAGAUCCCUUCCUUAAGGUAGGAGUGACUAAAGUUGCUUUGAUCUGCAGAGCCACAAGCCCUUCUGCCUCGGGCACUUUGCUUGCUCCAUGUUUUGUUAGCAAAGGGGUGGGGAGGAGAAAGGCACCUGAGGAAGAGGUUCUGUCCUUAUUGGUCAGUCUCACUAUGGAUUUUGUCCAUGGAAGAGUUAUAGGUCAUAGCAUGGACAGACAAACAUCUCUGAGGGAGGAAAUUGCAUUGGUGAUCUGCUUUCUCACUGAUCUUCAAAAUUCAGUGCUACCCAGAGAAGAGAAUAUGUAAGAAUGGAAGUAGUUUAUGCAGUGGAUAAACUUUGAACAAACAUUUAGAAGCAGCUGAACUUAACCUUGGUAAGCAGGUUUGAACUUGUGAUUAUCCUUACUGAACUAACAUACAUACAAGAAACUAAAUUAGAAUUAUAUUUAAACAUGGUUUGUAGAAGCCACCAAGGGGUUACAGCAACUUUAUCAGAAGGCGUUAUUUCAAAUCUGAAACGGAUGUGUAAUCUCUCAUGAAUACAUAAUGUCUAGUCAAUCUGCAGACACUCAGAGUGGCUUUUCUUUACAAAACCUCAAAACCUCAAAAAGAGAGAUUGUCCAACAUGCAGCAUUUUCUGUUUUCAGCUGUACAGCUCCAGUUUAUUCCCCAAUAUGUCAGCAAAGCUAGUGUAUCUAAAUAACUACCCCUGUGAUUCUCGUUAUCAAAGCUGCAUUUGCAGAAAUGGCAGUAAAACAUGACCUUUCCUAUUAGCAGAGAACCUUUUCAUUUGUUUCCUAUUUGGUUUUAUACACCUCCAGAGCAAUUUAUUUGUAACCAGGACUCAGGGAUAGAAGCUGUACACUGUCCCUUCACAAAACGUGUUCCUAAGAAAUCAGAGUACCAGAAUGAAGCCUGUAAAUACACUGUUAAGAGGAUUGUCAGCCAAGUAAGAGGGAUUUCAUACAGAAGAAAAAUAAGGCCCCCUAAAGUUUGCUUUCCUUUAUUCCUGUCAUAUCAGCCUCCAGAUUGCAGCUACAACUGUACAUCAAAUGUAUCAUGGUAAUCUACACCUGAAAGGAUAAUGGUGCUUCAUCAGGGCUCUGCUGCCAGUUUUUCAUACAAGUCUGCACCAUGGCUAUAUAAAGCUGAUCUUUGGGGUUGGGAGUCUUUCUCCACAGUUGCUGUUGCUGCAGGGGGCACAUUCCUUCGUUCCUUCUGACUUUGGUCUGACCUGUAGUUUUCCAUUUUAAACUCUAUUGGCUGAAGUAGCUUGGUAUUGACCAGCUCUUCAUACUAUCUGGUCCAUUGCAUACCUCGUAAUGCUUCAUAGCAGUCCAGCCCACAUAAACACACACAAGGUUUACCAGGCAUUAGGUGGCAAAUCAGAAAAUGGUGAUCCCUUCUAAGCCUCUGAGAUGCUUCUGUUUAUCAACUAGCCUUUCUGAUGGUCAGAGUAUUUCCAGGCACCUCUGUGAAUGAACACCCUUUCCUGCAGGUAUCCUGUGAAAUAGCAGUUUCUCUCACUUUUCUGAGAGUCUGGAAUUACAGCGUUCACCUGCUGUAAAACAACAUUCAGGACAAGACAUUCCCUGGCAACUCAACUAUGAUCAACUAUUUGUAAAGGGCCAAGAAGAGCUGAAGACAGCUUUAUGUAAUCCUUAUCCAAUGUGCUAGUAGGCAAGGCAGCCAGUGAUGAGCUGGGCUUAUAGGCAGCUAGCAGACUCAAUCAACAGGUAAGAAGGAGUUGUCUAGUUUUCUGGGAAUCAAGAUGAAAUUCUUUGAGUAUUGUAAUUUAGGAAAUAACUGCUCUCUGAAAAAAUGGGGAAAAUAUUUUCAGGUGUGUGCAUUGAAGUAGUAUACAGUAGACUACAAUUAGUAAUAUAUACAUUAUAAUAAGUAAAAGGAAAAUAUACAGUUCUGUGCUGACUAGUCUAAGAUAGUUGGCUUAGAUGUUAAACAGCAGCUGUAGAAGCUUUGACCAACUUACUGAUGCAUUAAAGUAACGUUUUCAAGAAUGCUCAAAGGAGUUACAGAGAGCACAUGCCUGUAAAUUACUAGACUGUAAUUAGGAAGCUGAAUUAUGGAAUAAAAAUUGUACACCUGUCCUAUUUUAUAUUUGGAUGUAUUACAUGACGAAGUACAAAGAUUG